AUGGCUGGUGCUCGGGGAUAUGAAGAUGAGGAAGAAAUUGGAAGGCAAAGGCAUCAGGUGCGAGGUGUGCACUAUGAUGCCAUGGACACUGCCGAGAACGGCCACCAUGACUUUGAGAACGGCGACCAGCGCGUAGGCGUCAUUGAGGAAACUGAGCCGACAGAGAUUACACCUCUCAUCGCUCAGCAUGGCCAACCCACACCAUCAGAUGGAGCCAGUCCUUCUGGUGUUUAUGCAGUGGUCUCGAUGCUGGCAUUACUCAUCGUCCUUCCCCUUGCACCAUUCAGUAUGAACAUGCAUCGCUGGCUGAAUGGUAUUAUUCUCAUCAUCUUCAUCCUACGCGACCCACACUGUGUGGCCUUUGUGUCAUUUGCGCAUCGGCCCCGUGCAGCAGGUAGUGCCUUCUACGACUACACUUCUCCAUAUGGCGCAGUCAGACAAGAAGACCGUAUCAACCUUCGAGAAAGUAUGUUUGGAGAGUACGACUUUCCGAACGUCCAGCCGAAAGGUGGAAAGGUGAAGACUCCCGUUGAAAUUGCACAAAAUGAAGUAAAGAAGGGCAUCUUUGAGGACCUAACCUCGAGACUAGCUUCAUCAAAUGGCCAGAUGUGUCGAGCACGCAUCGUGAAGGCUAUUUUGUCUGAACCAGAGCUCCUCGUACCUGACAAAUCUUUAAUCCGCCUUGAUAUCAAUACUCGCCCAAUGUUGCUGAAUGUCCUUCAGUCACUGCACGGGUCUCUCAGUCCACGCAUCAUCAUGGGUCUCAGGAUCCAGGACCCUGUUCUUGACUGGAUCUCGCACAUUGCUCUAGUGAUGGGCGAAACUAUCCUGACAGGUGUCAAAUAUGAAAUCAUGUCCAAGGAUGCGGAACAUCACGCAAACGCAAAGGAAGCUGAGCAUAAAAUGGCAAGCACCACUCAGUCAUAUCUGCAGUCUGGCCUUGGUCAUGGAAAGCCAGUAGUUGACAUGAAGAACGUAAACGUAUCAUACAGCCCACGCAAGGUGCUCAAAAAUAUCAAUUGGACCAUCUGCGCUGGCACCUUCUGGCGCGAAUGGUUCCGGGAAAACUACACUUUCGCUUCUGACUGGCGACCAUCCCCAGUCUUACACUCAGUGAGCCUCAGCACUGUUUAUGCCAGGGCCCAGGGACUCGCAUCAGAAAAGGUGAGCAUCCCCAAAAUCCUCCGGAACAGCACACCAUAG